UCUACGUAUCUCGUACGUUUAUGGUCCUGCCAUUUUGUACGACCGGUGUGAGUGCAAUGCUUCGCCUGUUUGUAUAAAAAUCGCGCGGUAAAUCACGAUAAUUUUUUUCCUUUUGCUAAUGCAAGAAUAAUUGAUUGACGGAAGUUUUUUCGAUCAGCAACGUUGUACUUGGUUGUUUGCUCGUGACACGAGAAAGUUUAGCGAGACGAUAGAGUUCUCCAGGUACGAGGACGGCUCGUUUCGAGAUAAAAUAUACAUACGCGGCUGAACCUGCUUCCGAGAAAGCAACUAGUCGCGUUUCGGACAAUCUCUCUUUCGGUCGGUGCGAACGCAUAAAAGUCUAUAGAUCAACGAGGAUGUUUCUUAUCGUCGUCCUCGUGGAUCUGUACGACUUUUGCGCGCACGGUCGUCGAAAAUGUGUUCCGCAUCUGUAAACAGUUGAUUGCAAAACGAACGUAAAAUGGCUGUGGUAUAAUAGUGUCUCGGUGUGGCUGAUCGCGAGUUUUAGUUUAGUUCGUUGGAGAAACUAUUAGGUUUUUUGCCUUCUUUUCUUCCGUUUAUUUAUAUGACGUUAAGAUCUGCUUAUAAUAUCAGCGUGCAAUCAUGUCAUCCAAGAGAGAAGUCAAGGCAACUCCAGAGGAACUUGCUUAUCGAGAGAAACAUUUUCAUGAUGUUAGAGUCAUUAAAGAGGAACAAAUAUCAUGUACUUCAUGUGGCAAUACAUUGAGUCUUGAAUCAAAACAAAUCUACUCUCAUCCAUUGAUGGGAAUAUUGCAAUGCAUGACAUGUUGGAAAAACUUCAAGGAAAUAGAUGCAGCAUUUGAAGAUGAAGAUGAAGAUGAUGAUGAAUUUCAAAAAUAUUGUUACAUAUGUGGCAAUGAAAAGAAUUUAUAUGAAUGUGGUAAUAGAUACUGCGCCUCUGCAUUUUGCAAGAAAUGCAUAAAAAGAAAUGCAAGUAUGUCGCUAUUAAAUGCAGAAAAAGAGGAUUGGAAAUGUUUCACAUGUAAUCCUAAACCGAUUUGGGACCUAAGAGCUGUAUGUGCUGCUGUAAUGGACACUAAAAAGAAUAACAGGAGAAACACCAACAAGAUUGAAAGACGUAUGUUACCAUCUGAAAUACAAAAAUUAAAAUUAGCCAAAAAACGUCAGAAGAGUUAUAAAGAGUUAUGUGAUAGUGAAGAUGAUGAUAAAUCUUCUGACAAUGACACAUUUGUAACUGUGAGAUCCAGUCAGAAUGUAGACAGUCAACGUCGUAUGAAACGAAAUGCAAUCCUCAAUCAGCAAAAAAAGAUAUGGGAAGUGGAUUUAACAGAUUCAUCCGAAAACGAAAACAGAAGAGAUGAAAAACCUAAAUCCAAACAAGAUAGAGAAGGUUCUAGCAAAUCUUCAAUGCCCAGAAUAUCGAAAUCAAGAAAAUCUAAAAUCUCUAGCGAUUCGGGUGAUUCUAUUGAGUUAUCGUCAAACAAAAUAACUAAACAAAAACAUACAAGUAAAUCUGAUAUGAAAACUGGAAGGAUAAUAAAUAGCCAUAAUUCUUCUGAUAGCGAAAACGACAAGGACGUUUCUACAAAUAGAGCAUCUAAUGUAACCAAAAAUCUUUCAAAGAAUAUUAGACAAAAAAGUGAAAAGGAAGAUAUUAAUUCUUGUAAUGCAAAAUCAAGUAAGAAUAUGACUAGUGAAUCCGAAGAUGAAGAGACCAAAUAUAAAAAACAAAAUAAAAAGAGACAUUCCAUAAAUCUUACAUCAUAUAAUGAGGAAAGAAGGCGUAAGAAAAAACAUGACAAGUCAUCAAAGGAACAUUUUUCUAAUAUUCAAGAAAAUGAAUCAGAUUCCAGUUCCAGUAAAGAAUUUCAGAAGAAAAAAUUUCAAAAGGUGAAUUACAAUAAAUAUCCUGUAAGACGAUUCGUAAAUUUAGAGAUAGAUUAUACUAAAUCACCCACUAAAGAAAACUCUGCAAGUAAAAAUAAAGAUAAUAUUGAUGACCAAUCAGAUAUGAAUCUUGAUAUUACGAAUGUUGUGAGUGACUGUAAAAAAAUAAUUUCAAAUUUUCAAAAAUAUAUAAACACUGUAGAGCAAUUAUAUGGCAAGAAGGAUGAAGAGCAGUUUAUGUUGAGAACGAUAGAGAAAAUUAAUAAAAUUUGGCCGAAUUUUCAAAAAGUACAAAAGAAUUUAACAACAUUUUAUCAGUCUAAAAGUUCGAAGAAUAGGAAAAGUUUGGUUCGAAUGAAGAGAUCAUCCAAAGAAACUGACGAUGAACAAUCUUCGAAGGAAAUCGACGUAAAUGAAAAACGUGAAAUCAACGAAAACAAGAAUUGCAACUCUAAAAACGAGCAAGAAGGAAAUAAGAACGUCUCUGAGUGCGACAGUGAAGAAAUAUUUUCAGCGGACGAAUCAAGAACAUUGCAAAAGAUGGAAGUAACUCAGGACAAAGUAGAUACAUCAAAUGUAAAAAAUAAUAUAAACGCUAAUGACAUUGAAAUCGAUGAUGAAGAUAAAGGGUCGAUAGAUUUAUCAAAGGAUGAAGCUCAUGUGGAUAAAAAUAAUGCGGAUUUGCAAAAUGAAGUAUCUACUUCUCCAUUGUUAGGAGCAUCAAAAGAGAAAAUCAUAAACGCAGAACGACCGACUAAUAAGCAAGAACGCACAAACAAUAAUGAGACACCAUUACCACAUAAUAUUGAUUUGAACAAUAAAGAAGGUAAGUCUGAUGUUUCUGAUACUGAAAUUGAAAAUUCUCCUUUGAGAAAUAGUAACAAAACAUUACAAGAUAGCAACCAAAAUCAUUCUGCAAACAGGGAUAUAAUCGAUGAAUCGAUGGAUAUAAUCGAUGAAUCGAUGUUUGAUGCUUCUUAUUCUGAUAUUCUUAAGACUGCAGAAGAGGAUAAAACUGAAGCACAAGAAACGACUAUAGAAACAAACUGUGAUAAAAUAAAACCCUCAUCUGAAAUGAAAUCCUUGGAUACUUUCUUGCAAAAGAAAAUUUCAAACGAAAAUGAUAAAACACCUCUCGUAUUUCAUGAUAAUGAAGAGAAUAAUUUAUCGGAUCAGGAAAAAGUAACAUCUGAAUCUGUAACUAAUGGGAAAAUUCAUAAUUCGAAAGAACUUGAUGUAGAAAAAACGAACACUGAUGUUGAUACAUCUCUUGAUGAUGCUGAAGCAUUGGCGAAGAAAAGUCUUUUGGAAUCAGAUUCUGAUUCUUCUAGCAUAUUGCUUGAUGCAAGCAUAACUACUAAAUUAACUAAAGAGAAAAAUAACGAAGAAAAUAACGAAGCGAAAGAUGAUGAUGAUUUGAAUGACGUUAAUAGCACUAGCACAUUAAUAUUAUCGUCAUUUCCAGAAAAGACGAAUACUGAUGAUGGAGCUAAGACUGAAGACAAGAACAAAAGUAUUAGUAAACAAACAGAUGAGAAAUCUCAUAAAGAAAUGGAUUCGUUGAACGAUGAUAUCAAAGCAGAAGAAGCUUCUAAGAAGGCUCUCUUAGAAUCAAAUUCAGAUGACUCUUCUUCAAUUUUAUUGUCGUCGUCGGAUUCGGAAGAGAAUGAAGAUAAGAAGAUUGACUCAAAUUCUUCCGAACAGAAUGCCAAAUCAAAGCGCGCACUCCUAGCCUCUUCCAAUACAGAAAGUUCCAGUUCCGAGUUGAUUGAAUUCAACGUAGAAACCAAUGAUUCAUCAAAUAAUUCAAAUAAAUUGAAACGUAAAUUUGACAGUGACGAGGACACGAGAAACACUAGAGUAAAAAGGAAAAGAAUUAAAUUCAACAAAAAUCAUCAAUAUUGGAAGGACAAGAAAUUGAGAAUGAUCUGCAAAGUUCGUUUAGAGCAAUUGAGCAAAAGAAUUCUUAGACGUCAUUCGCAUGCGUUAAAAAAGUCAAGAGAAUAUUUGGAACAAAAGGCAUUCAAAAGUCUUAUUGAUCUGGAUAAACUCGAAAAGAAACGCAACAAGAAAAACGCAAAAAAAGAUUCCGAUUCAUCGAUGGAUGAUGAUGAUGCAUCCUUAAACACUUCCAAAAUAUUAAAUAAACAAAAAGGAAAACAAACAACUAAGGAAGAAUCUUUAAUGGAUCACUUAAAAAUGGUAGAGAAUGGCGAUGUCUCGGCACCUAUAGAAAUGGAUUCUGGUUCCGAUGAAUCAGUUCAUCGACUACAGAAAGUAGAUGAUGUGCCUAUAUCUAAUGAAGCUUUAAUGUUGGAGGCAAAUAAAAUCGCGAAAGAGAACUUGCUAAAUUCAUCCGACGAAAAAGAAGUGCCACUGGAUAGCGAUGAUGAUAUAAAUAAUGAUCCUAACAAUGAAAAAAUAGAAGAAAAGAAAAAGAAAUCUAGUAAGAAACCUGAAGAGAAGGCUUUAGAGCAAGAUAAUGACAAAAAGGAGAAAAAUGACAAAAGCAGUUGGAGACGAAGUAAAUUAUUAACAAGAAGAUUCUCUGAUACUGAUUCCGAGAUUGAAAAGGAAAAAUGGGAAAAGAAAGUAGAAAAAAUGGCGAAAAAAACGGAAGGAAAUAACAGCGGUUCUGAUAACGAGAAGAAAAAAUCAAAAUCUAAAAAGAAGAAGACUAGGCGGAGAAUUUUCGAUUCCGAUUCAGAUGUCAUAAUCACGGACUGUAGUAAUUCUGACAACUCUUCCAAAGCUUCGAGUGCCAAACAAAGUUCAGACGAGUUGGAUCGCGUAAAAAAAGAAAAACGAAAGAGACGUAAACGCGGCGAGAGUGCUUCAUCAGACACGGAUUCUUCGCUUGCAGAGAAGCCAAAACCAAAACGUAAACGAAUUAAAAAAGUAGCCUCUGACAGUGAUAGCAGCAGCGCGGAAAUGAAGAAUUCGCAAGGGUCCUCACCUAACAAAAGUGGUCGAAAAAAUAUACGAAAAGUUUUGAAGGACAAACAAGUAGCAGAGGAUACAAAACUAGCUGCCAAGGAAGAGGAGGAAAGGCUUAAACGUAUUGCUGAACGCCAAGCUCUGUACAAUGAAAUGUACGAGAUGAGACUUGCUGGAGAGGAAAAGGUCGAGAAGCUCGUUUUAGACUUCGAUCUGGAGAAGAAAAAGGAGCUUGUUAGCGUGCAUGAGGAAUUAGUAAAACGGCUAAAACCGCAUCAAGCGCAGGGUAUCAAAUUUAUGUGGGACGCCUGUUUCGAGUCCCUAGAAAGAGUGAAGAACACAUCCGGAUCCGGAUGUAUAAUCGCGCAUUGCAUGGGUUUGGGUAAAACGUUGCAAGUAAUCGCUCUAACGCACACACUUUUAACUCACGAGGAGACAAACGUUAAAACGGUACUGGUAGUUUGUCCGCUGAGCACAGUACUCAAUUGGCUAAAUGAGUACAGAACGUGGUUGAGUGAUCUGGAUGAUGAUAUCGAGGUGUACGAAAUGACGAAGUUUAAGAGAGUUUUUGAGAGAAAGUAUCAGCUACAGAGAUGGCAGAAGACCGGUGGUGUGAUGAUUCUCGGUUAUGAAAUGUUCCGUAAUCUUACGGGUCCGAAUAAAAAUAUCCGAAAAGGUAUGAAAGAAGUAAUAGAGCAAUGCUUAGUUGAUCCAGGCGCGGAUCUUAUUGUCUGCGACGAGGGACAUUUAUUAAAGAACGAAGAUACCGCGUUAAGUAAAUGCAUGAGAAGGGUGAAGACUAUGAGACGUAUAGUACUUACUGGAACGCCGCUGCAAAAUAAUUUAAUAGAAUAUCAUUGUAUGGUACAGUUUGUUAAGCCCAAUCUGUUAGGUACAAAGAAAGAAUUUUUGAAUAGAUUCGUAAAUCCGAUAACGAAUGGUCAGUUUGACGAUUCAACCGCUUAUGAUGUUAAAUUAAUGAAAAAGCGCGCGCAUGUGUUACAUAAAAUGUUGGAGGGUAGUGUACAGAGGUUUGAUUAUUCCGUGCUUACACCGUUCCUACCGCCGAAACAGGAAUAUGUUAUUUUUGUCAGAUUGACAGAGCCGCAAAUUAAAAUGUACCAAUAUUACUUGGCUAAUCUUGCGAGACGCGCCUCUGGUGCAGGAGGAACUCUUUUUGCGGAUUUUCAGUCGUUACAAAGAAUUUGGACACAUCCCAUAGUUUUACGUUUGAAUGCAGAGAAGAUUGAAAAAGCGAAUGAAAAGAAAGAACUUUUGAGUGAUUCGGAAGGAUCAUUGAAAGACUUUAUUAACGAUGAUAGUAGUAACUCAGAAGGGAGCAGCAACGGUUCGAGUAGUGACAGUGAUGUUGAAGCUCUUGAUGAUGUAAAAGAAAAUAUUCCCAAGCGUAGAACAAGAAAUAAUCCUGGUGAAGAGGAGCCAGAAGAAGAGCCUAAAGAAGAGACUAAAGAAGCAGAGUGGUGGUCACAAUUUGUGCAGCCUGAACAUUUCGAAGACAUGAGAGUGUCUGCUAAAUUAUUAUUGUUUUUUGGAAUUUUAAAGGAAUGUGAACAGAUUGGAGAUAAAGUGCUUCUGUUCUCACAAUCUCUAUACUCUCUCACUUUGAUCGAGGAAUUUCUCCGAAAAAUAGACGAUGAGACUCAGAAGGAUGCAUCCUUGGAUACAUUGGAUAAUCAUACCGGAAGUUGGUCCUUAGGUCUCGAUUACUUUCGGCUUGAUGGUCAAACGUCAGCUGAAAACAGAAAUAUGUGGUGUAAAAUAUUUAACAGGCCCACUAAUACGAGAGCGAGAUUGUUCCUUAUAUCCACACGUGCCGGAGGAUUAGGAAUAAACUUAACUGCAGCUAACAGAGUGAUUAUAUUCGACGCCAGUUGGAAUCCCUCUCACGAUGUGCAAAGCAUAUUUCGGAUAUACAGAUUCGGACAAAAGAAGCCGUGUUAUGUAUAUCGAUUACUAGCGGCGGGCACGAUGGAAGAGAAGAUUUAUAAUCGUCAAGUCACGAAACUGUCGCUCUCGUGUCGAGUUGUGGACGAGCAACAGAUCGAAAGACAUUAUAGUAAUCAUAAUCUAAACGAAUUAUACAGUUUCGAAGCAUACACCGAUAAAGAGAGACCUACGUUAAAUUUACCUAAAGAUAGACUACUAGCAGAAAUAUUCCUGAAAUUUAAAGAAGUCGUAGAAAAUUAUCACGAACACGAUUCUCUAUUGGAGAACAAAGCCGAGGAGGAAUUGGAUGAGGAGGAACGCAAACAAGCUUGGUUGGAAUAUGAAGAGGAGAAGAAGGGAAAACCGCCGAUAAAUCCGGCAUUCAAUAUGGCUUAUCAAAAUAACUUAUUAAUGCAACAGUAUAAUAUUAUGAUGAACUCUGGACAGUCUGGUUUGAUGCCUCAAGAUAUGUCUCUCCAAAUCGAGUAUGAUAAUCUCCAACAACUUAUUCGUAAAGAUUAUCCCAAUACAACGCCAGAGCAACAAAAAAUGAUGACAAAUCGAGCUCUACUGGAUAUGUAUAAUUAUUGGGAAAAACAAGCUACGUUGUAUACUAAGCAACCUAUAAGAAAUCCAUCUUUACCGAAUAUUCAACAACAACAAAGACCGAUGAUGCCACAUACUGCGAGCAACAGCAAUCCACAUCAGCAAGUCUCGCAACUAAGCCAGUUACUCACAUCAUCGGGAGCAAUGGGAAAUUAUAUAAAUGCGAACAAAUUCGCACAGCAAAACGUAGCACAGAGAGGAGAAUUAGUACCAAAUCUAUUUACAUAUCAAAACAGUGCAGGCGGAAACGCAAGCAAUGAUAUAAUUGAAAUACCUACUACGAGUAACACUGGUAUGUCAAACGUACAAGUAACAAUGCAACCAACUGAUAACAGUAAGAAUCAAGAGGAGUAGAAUUCCUACACUAAUAAUUCGUGAAUUAUGCAGUAUAUUGUGAGGCUGCUAAAUUAAAAUCUUCCGCCCGAUCAGUUCUGUGAUCGUAUAAUUCCUCUGCGAUAAUAAUGUCCCAAUCUGGUUUGCAUGUCUCGUGUGCAAAUGGUAUCCACGCUGUGUAACGAUAAUCGUUGGUCUUCAAAGUAUAACCCAUUAUAGUUAUCUCUUUCAAACGAGGCUUAUCGCUGUUGGGAUGAAGCGUAGGCUGUAUUCCUGGCCUCGGAUAUUGACUGAAGGCCGCUCUUUUCCAAGAUACGUUCUGCAAAAUUUUUGCAAAAUGUACAAGAGAGAUAGAUGAAUCUUUGUUUUGUACAAAAGAAAAUAAUAAUACUUGGAAUAAAAAACAAACACAUGCCUUACCUGACAUCUUAUCGUACUUUCUAUGAGUGGUAAAAGCGUAAUACCCUCGCUACAAGGAUCGGAAACCUUCUUCCGAGAAAUAGGAAUAUUUUUCGAGCGCAGAUGAUUUCUAUCGUCAUUAUUUUGACAUAUUGGCACGGGAACACCCGCCAAAUCCGCGAUGGUCGGAAAUAUAUCGACGAGUUCUACGAGAGAUUUCGUAACUCGACAGUAGUUGCUCUUCAGCUUUCUAGAACUAUAUAACAUGCUGCUCUCCAUAGAUAUAUUAUAUCCUUGUCGAACCUCAUAUGUCUCCGAGAUAAUUCUUUUAUACACGCUUGUAUUAUAAUUUGUACUUCUCCAAACGCCGUUGUUUUUUUCAUCAAAUAUCAUGUACUCCGAAUCUGUUUUAUUCCUUAUUUUAUCAUAAUUUGUAAUCUGCGUUGUAUCAUAUCUCGUACGACCCAUAGAUCUUAUAGCGUAAUUAUCAUCAUUAGUAACAAACGUGACUGUCGGAAUCGAUAUUAUCAGAGGUACGUGUACAGCAACGUCGAAAUUACUAUAUUUAGACCAAAUAGCGUGCUCUCCAAGUGCCCAACCUGUAACGUUUAAUGUUAAAUUAUAUUAAGGCUUCUGGCUCCUUACUGACCGUGUUGGAAUUGUAACGUCAGAGACGAGAAAACACGUUAAAAAUUCUUAGAUGCUAUUUCGAAAUAAAAAGAUAUUUCUAUGAAACAACUCUUCAGAUGGUUUUUUUAGUACACUCUUAAAAUACCUCGUCAACUAUUCUUUUCCCUUUAUAAACAAUCAAGCUGUAAAAUGACCGUAAUAUAAGACUGUCGAGAGAAAAGAAUAGUUUCCCAGGUAUGUUAAAAAUGUGCUAAAGCCAUCUGAAGUACAGUGUUUCAUCGAAAUAUCUUUUCAUUUAAAAAUGGCUAUAAGAAUUUUCAGCGUGUGCUCGCGUCUGACAUCAAAAUCUGACAUGCGGUGAACAUCUAAGAAUUUUAAUAUAUAAUUGCAUGGCAUAUUUUACUUCAUCGAUUGAAAAGAAAAAAAAAUAAUACCUACCAUGAUCGGAUGUUAAUAUUACGAUAGUAUUAUCUCGAAUCCUCGAGACAUGUAGCUGAUGUAUAAGCUUGCCGAUCAUAUUGUCGACGUAAGAAACGGCUGCAUAAUAUGAUUGGAUAAUUAGUUUCCCAUACUUUUCUUAAAUGAUAAUUGGGAAAUGAUUAGGAAAAAUGUAGAUGCGUGCACAUAUACGUUUAUAUAAAUAUAAAAUAAAUAAAUAUAUCGAUCGAGAUAUAUAUACAUACCUGGUAUUUUUUCCCAUGGAAAUUUUAAUCUCAAUUUUGCUAUGUCUCUUCUCCAUCGUAGAUCGGUCCAGGGAUUGUAAGCGACGUUAUUUACGUUAUCCGGCCACAGAUACGACUCGGGCAUUUUGAACUUCCGUAUAGGAUGAUAUUCUGUAAAGUAUUAUCGGAAAAGUUCCAUCGUAAAAAGAAAAUGUGAUCUAAUUUUAUUAUCGGUAAGAUGUAUACUUACUUAGAUAGCGUUCGGGAUACUUUAGUGGUAUAUGGGGCUUUUGAAAGCCGACAGCUAGGAAAAAGGGAUCGUCGUCUUUUUUAUGCUCGUGUAUGAAUUUUCUCGCUUCUCGUAAAGUCUCGAUAUCGGGUAAUGUUUUAUUUGGCAUGGCUGAUACACGUACCGGACAUACCUAUAAGCAUAUAUAUAUAUAAUAUCCAUAAUAGAUUCGUGUACUUAAUUUGUAAACACAUGGAACAAAUAUCUCAUAUUGCAUAUAUAUUAUUACAAUAUUCGUCGCUGCUUCCGAUUGCGGGCUCGUCUUACAAACGGGAGCAUUUUUGUACCGAUCUGUAUAUGGAUGAAAAGGCUUCUCGGUCCACGAAUAAGGACUGUCGUCGGAUCCAUUAGAACUUAUACCUAUAAUAAAUAUAUGUACUUGUAAAGCAA